AUGGGUACAGAGGUGCGGGCGCCCCAAGGCCAAGGCUGGCUGGUGGCUCUGCUCUGGCUUCUGCUGCUGGCUGCGGGCACGCCAGGGUCCUGGCCGGUGACCUCCCACGCCCCGGCCCCCGCUCCCGACCAGGCUGUGGCCCAGGAGCCCGGGCGGCCGGCGGGCGGAACGCAGCGGUUGGUGCCGGGAGCGGUCUCCACAGUGUGUGGGAAGCCCAAGGUGAUGGGGAGGAUCUUCGGUGGCCGGAAUGUGCUGGCAGGCCAGUGGCCAUGGCAGGCCAGCCUGCUGUACCAGCGCUCGCACCUCUGCGGAGCCGUCCUCAUUGACUCCCUCUGGCUGGUUUCCACGGCCCACUGCUUUCUCAACAAGUCCCACGACCCAGCGGACUACCAGGUUCUGUUGGGAAGCACCCAGCUAUACCAGCACACCCAGCACACACAGGAGAUAUCCCUGAGCCGGAUUAUCGUGCACCCAGACUUCGAGAAGCGUCACCCCUUUGGGAGUGACAUCGUCAUGCUGCAGCUGCACCUGCCGCUGAACUUCACUCCCUACAUCGCCCCCGCCUGCCUUCCAAGCCCUGGCAUGCAGCUGUCAGGCAACCUGUCUUGCUGGAUCACCGGCUGGGGGAUGCUCAGCGAGGACAAGCAGCUGCACCCGCCCUUCCGCCUGCAGGAGGGGAAGGUGGGCCUCAUCGGGAACGAGCUCUGUAACGUCCUAUACAGACAAAGACUUAGCAAGAGCACAGCUUACUCUGUGCAGGACGAGAUGCUGUGCGCCGGGGACUUCUCGACAGGGAAGGCCAUCUGCCAGGGUGAUUCCGGGGGCCCCCUUGUCUGCGAGCUCCCCACAGCCUGGGUUCUCGUGGGGCUGGCCAGCUGGGGCUUUGACUGCCGCCACCCCAUCUACCCCAGCGUCUUCACCAGGGUUCGCUACUUCUCCGACUGGAUCCAUGAGAUCCAGAUGCUCACACCUCCCCCUGAUCCCACAGCUGCUCCUCAGACCCCGUUUCUGGGCCAGCCUCUGCAGACGGCCAGCUCCUCUGGGCGCCCUGCAGCCCUUGUGCCUCCCCAGACCUGGUUCCUGCUGCUGUCUGCAUUCAGAGACCCCCAGCAGGCCCUGCAGUGA